AUGAUGUCGUAUCUUAAGCAACCGCCUUACCCGGUUAACGGGCUGAGUUUAACCACGUCCGGUAUGGACCUGCUGCAUCCGUCUGUGGGAUAUCCAGGCCUGUUUGUUGGUGGCAAAUUUUCUGUUGGCGUGUUUUCAACAUCGCGGACAUUUUGUGUUUUAUUGGAAACAGCUACUCCUCGAAAGCAGCGUCGGGAAAGAACAACGUUCACUCGGGCUCAGCUCGACGUGCUCGAGGCGCUGUUCGCUAAAACGCGCUACCCGGACAUCUUCAUGCGCGAGGAGGUGGCCCUGAAAAUCAACCUGCCGGAGUCCCGUGUACAGGUUUGGUUCAAAAAUCGGCGCGCAAAAUGCCGACAGCAGCAACAACAGCAGCAAAACGGCGGCCAGAAUAAAGUGCGACCGGCCAAGAAGAAGAGCUCCCCGGCGCGGGAAGCGAGCUCAGAGAGCGGCGCUAGCGGUCAGUUCACGCCGCCCUCUAGUACCUCAGUGCCGGCUAUAAGCAGCACGGCGGCUCCCGUGUCCAUUUGGAGCCCGGCCUCCAUCUCGCCACUGUCGGAAGUGCUCUCCACCUCGUCGUCGUCGUCGUGCAUGCAGCGCUCGUAUCCGAUGACCUACACGCAGGCGACAUCCGGUUACGGCCAAGGCUACGCGGGCUCAGCGUCCUACUUUGGAGGCAUGGAGUGCGGUUCAUACCUGGCGCCCAUGCACCACCAGCUGUCAGCUCCAGCAGCCUCCGCUCUCAGCCCCAUGAGCACCAGCGCCGUCACCAGCCACCUGAACCAACCUUCCGCUCAGGGCUACGGCGCCUCGGGCCUCGGCUUCAACUCCACUGCGGCAGACUGCCUGGACUACAAAGAUCAAACAUCCUCUUGGAAGCUCAACUUCAACGCUGAUUGCUUGGAUUACAAAGAUCAGACUUCCUCCUGGAAGUUUCAGGUGUUGUGAGAGCAGCAAGCGAGUUUGUUUUUAAACAAAAUGAAAAAAAAAAUCUAAAAGACUAGACAAGACACACUGCAUACCUGCCAUCCUUCAAAAAUCAGACAAAUAAAUUUCGUGAGGUGGAUGAGUUGCGCUGCGCCUGCCUCGAGUUAGUCACUCCUGUUUCUAAGUAACAAGGUAAAUGAUAUAAAUGGUCCCGGAGUCACAUAAAAGCGCAUACACGAGCUAUACGACCACAAGCUGUUAUUUAAGGAAAAGAGAACCCAAGUGAACUUGUAAUAAGUUAGAUCACAGCCAUGGAACAAAUCCUAACCCAUGAAAAGAGGAGAAGAAAAACACUACAUGUUAAAUGAAGACAGUCUAUAAGUUAAGUGUCUGGAAUGAGCAGGCUUCUGCAUCCAAAACCUCUUACAGCACGCCGACUUAUGCCCAUGUUGGCAAAACGAGAGACACUUCCAUCAGGACGAUGUGAACAGGAGAGAGAUGCGUGUUUGCGUUUGUGUGUGUGUGUGUGUGUGUGUGAGAGAGAGAGAGAGAGAGAGAGAGAGAUAGUGUGUGUGUGUGUGUGUGUGUGUGUGCGCUGAACGCCCCCAGGGCGACCUGGAUGCACUACUUUAUUUAAGAAAAAGUGUUUAUAAGGAAUCAAUAUGUAGUUUUUAAGAGACAAUCAGUGUGUGUCUUAUAUAAAUGGUACAUGUGUUUUGUUUUGUUUUUUUAAAUCUGUGCUAGCCUUCGAAACUGUGAUCUGUUGUAACUGUAUGCAAUUUGUGCGCUCCCUCGCAACCGCGAAAACUCGGCUGUGAUUUUAAUAGAUUUUUCACUCUUUUCCUUUGAAGAAAAAAAAAAUUACGAAAUGAUAUUAGUCACUUAUGAAUUUAAUUUGAGCGAACCUUUUAACAGACAAAUCUGCUAAAUUUGUUGAGCGUCUAAGAAAGUGGGUAUUCCCUUCCGCUGAUCUCCUUUUGGUCUUUAGUGACCCACUGGCGAGGAUUUCCAACGCGGAUCUUUAACCUGUCUGGAGUAGUAAUGUGGUCCCACCAAUGCAGAGAACAUUAAUAAACGAUUUCACAUUUGACUCGAUAUUAAAAGUCAUUCAGUCUGACUGAAGGUGUAUGUAAAAUAAGUGAGUGAAUGUGCAAGCGUGCGUGUGUGUGUGUAAUUGGGGGGACAAGUUUAAAAGUUGUGAUUCAUUUUACUAAGUCCACUUUUUUCUAUGUCCACACAAUGCAUUAUAGACAAAUAUUUAAGAUUUUCAAGAAUUAUGAAUUUAGAAUUAACUAUUUUUUUUUCCAACCAAUUUUUUUUUUUUUUUUUUUUUUUUUUUGCCGACCUUUAUUUUAAACGAAUUGAAGAAAAACAACGCGAUCACCUAGUUUUAUCUACUUAGACCUUUUUUGGUUUAAAUAAUAUUAAUUAAUUAAAUAAUUUUCAUUUUUUUUAUUUAGCUGUAUUAGUCUUUAAUUAGUAUAAAAAUAACGUUUUAUUGCUUCUUGGAAACAGAGCCCUGUGGGCAGCCUGUGCUGGUUUUUCCCCGUGUUAAUUUGUUUACCUCACCUUUCCCCAUAACUGUAGGCUUUUUUUUUUUUUAAAGAAGAAGAACAAUUAAAUAAUUAAAGACGAAGGACUUGCAUCAUCGCUUUUAUCUAUAAUGUGGAGUACAUAAACUAUAAGUGUAAAUAAUUUUUUUUAAAAAGUAGCUAUCUAGUUAUAAAGACUUUAGUGCCAUACAGACUUAAAUCAGCCUAAGGAAAAGAUGUCUCGUAUGCAUGGUGUAAUGGGGUUUUAAAGGGUUUUUUUUUUUUUUUUUUUUUUCAAUUAAACGUAUCUCUCCACUAGCCAAGUGUACUCAUACUUUAAUUAUUUUGCAUUGUGAAGCCGUCUGGUUUCCGGUCCUUCCGCUUUAAGAGCCGUGGCACCGGGAAUGGGCGUUUUGGGAAAGUGGCGCUAAUCCGCGCCUCAAAGAACCGCUAAUCCCGCUAUUCCUGCGCCGGGUUUUCUGCAGGGCAGAGGGCACAGCGGGCACAUUCAGACCCGCUACAGCUGCGCUUACAGAGGAAAUAAUAAGAAUAAGCAAAAUUAAAAAAGAAAAAAUAUCCACAUCACUUCCUAACAGAAGUUUUAUACUGAACUUGUUAUGGACAGCAGUUGAGACGUCUGGCAUGGCACUGUAGCCGAGUGAACGGAUUGAGCUGGGUAAAGGUAACAGUAAUAUAAUAAG